AUGUUACAGCCCGACGAUGUCAAGACAGAUCACUAUGCUGCCUUGGGCGUCUCCAAGGAAGCCGACCUAACCAAGAUUCGUGGAGCCUAUCGAAAGCUCGCAUUGAGUCUCCACCCCGACAAGAUCAAAGAUGAAUCACAACGUGAAUCCGCACGAGAAGAAUGGCAUCGAGUUCAGAAAGCCUACGAGAUUCUCUCUGACGACAAGGACCGAUCCGCUUAUGAUAAUGGACGAGCCAAGUUUCUCGACAAGGAAGCCAGAUUGGCCGAGCUGAAGCGAGAAUUACGAGAGCACCGACGAACCGAUUCUUCAUAUGCCUCCCCACGAGGAAGUGGCAGUGCUUCGGCCCGUGAAAUGCGAAAUGGGCAUAUUGUUGAAGAACGUGUCCCAAUGGAGAGCUACUUCGAUGAUGCGAUGCGAUUCACCGACGAGCCCAACCCAAUGGGUCGCAAGAACGACGAUUUUGGCCGUCGAACAAAGCCAAGGCCAACGGAUGAUAGGAGGAAGGCUCGUGUACCGACGAGUAGUCAGCGCGCGGCCAAGGACCUUCGCGAAUCGACCAAGGCAUCGAAUGCCGACCGGGCCAAGAAGCUCGCCCGAGAGCGUCGCCACGAUGCUUCUGUCAAGCAUGAAGAGAAAUUGGAUUCCUACGGCCCUAGGAUAGUGGAAUCCGAAAGUGAUUCUGAAUUUAGUGGUCCCGAAAUCUAUCUACGGACUAGGGAACCCUCUUCCUCGCGACGAACUCGGGAGUCAACUCCUCGGGAAUCACGAUCGCGCCCGACGAAGCCGGCUCCCCGUCACCGUGACUACUAUGAUGAGGAGGAUACUUACUCCGACGGGUACGAUGCCUGGCAAAGCAAGUUCCACGGUGCCCAGGAGCAUAUUCAACGAUCGAAGUAUGAAGGAGGGGAUUCUCGGCCAAGGACGUCUCGAUCCCCACCUCGACGCCGUGGUUACGACGGUGAACCAGAAAUGUCCGGCUCGCGGCGCGCGGCUCGGUCCUCUCAGUCAACCAGGGAACCCGAUCGUUCCUCAUCUCGCAACAAUUCAUAUGACAAAUUAGACUCCCGCAGUGGAGAUUACUUCAAACCACCAAAGAUGCCUUCCGCGACCACCUCGCCUAACGUGAAGUCGUCAAUAAGACCUUCGCUGUUCACUCGUGCAACCACUGCGACCGCCACUGCUUUUACUCGGCCAAAGCGGGAAAGCUCCAGCCGCAACGAUUCUAGUCUCGACCAAAUGGUCCGUGAAAAGGUCCCCCCAUCGCGAUCAUCGAAGCUGCGCAACAAUGAUUCCGGUUACUCCAGUUCCAGUACACCGGAGAUGCCCCACAGCCAUUCGCCCAAGGUGACCGCUCGCUAUACAAUCGAUCCCGAAACAAUCACCAUCGAGCCUUCGAAGUAUCGCAUGGCAUCACCCGAUCGAGAUCGCGAGCGGGACCAUUCCACUCGCACCAUGCCCCCUCGUGCAAACACCUUUACCGAGCCAUCAAGCAUCAAGAUCCGCUCUGUGAAGCCCUCACGAACCUAUACCGAUGUGGAAUACACUCGACGCGGUGAUGUCAAGUACGCCAAGGAAAUCCGCCCUAGCGAUGCAACCUAUUCGCCCAGUCGUUCUCAGAAGAUCCCACCUUACUACACCGAACGCCAUCCUCCUCCCAGCAGACGGCAGUCUACUGCUGCAUAA